AACACCACUCACUGCCCUCUCUCUUCGCUUCAUUAUUCUCUUCAUCCGUUACCUUACUAUAUCAUUCAUAGCUCUCUCUCUCUCUCUGUUUCUCAUCAAUGCUCAGAGCAACCCAUUACUCGAAGAUCUGAUCAUCGUUUCGCAAACCCUUUUCGAUCAAAAUGGGAAGCAAAUGGAGAAAAGUGAAGCUUGCUAUUGGGAUCAACAUGUGUGUUCAAGUCCCUGAAACUGUUGAACAUUCCUCCGCCUCCAUCCCCUCCGCCACCACUUUUUCCGACUGUGUUUCAUCCUCCGUCCAUUCCUCCGGUUACCGUUCACUCACUUCCACAUCCUCUUCCUCUACUCUCCGACUCUCCAGAUCCCAAUCCAAAUACUACAAGGGGACAUGUGCAAUAUGCCUGACUUCAAUGAAAGCAGGGCAGGGACAUGCCAUUUUUACUGCAGAAUGUUCUCAUUCUUUCCAUUUCCAUUGUAUCACAAUCAACGUAAAACAUGGGAAUCAUAUUUGCCCAGUAUGCAGAGCAAAUUGGAAAGAGGUUCCUUUUCCGAAUCCUGCUUCUGAUGUCUCUGGUAUCCUUCAGAGGAUUCCUUCUCAACAAGUUGGUACAAGUAGAUCAAAUUCAUCAAUCAAUAACAUUCCUGAGCCAGCUAUAUUUGAUGAUGAUGAUGAAGUCUUGGAUCAACAAACUUCAAUUACCCCCAUCACGAAUGAGGUUGAUCACAGCAUAAUAAGCACAAUGGAGAUCAGAACAUACCCUGAAGUUUCGGCUGUUGCAAAGUCAGACUCUCAUAAUAACUUCGCUGUGUUAAUUAAUCUCAAAGCUCCUCCUCGCUCAGGGAUAGAACAAAGCAAUGACACAAACGACACUAACUCAUCGUCCUCUUUGGCUCAAAAUUCUCGUGCUCCAAUUGAUCUUGUAACAGUUCUUGAUGUGAGUGGUAGCAUGUCAGGCACAAAGAUAGAACUAGUAAAACAAGCUAUGAGUUUUGUCAUACAGAAUCUGACUUCAUCAGACCGGCUUUCUAUCGUUGCCUUCUCCUCCACCGCACGCCGCGUCUUUCCUCUUAAGAGAAUGACUGAUGCUGGAAGACAGCAGGCAUUGGAAGCAAUUAAUUCUUUGAUUCCAUGCGGUGGAACAAGCAUUGGUGAAGGCUUGAUGAAAGGUGUCAAAGUGUUUGAUGACCGCAGAUGGAAGAACCCAGUUGGAAGUAUCAUAUUACUAUCUGAUGGACAGGAUACAUGUAGAGGCUAUGAAAGGUCUGACGCUAGACCUUAUUACGAGACACUUGUUCCUUACUCCAUUCAUCGUAGUAAUUAUGAUGGUUUGCAUAUACCAGUGCAUGCAUUUGGCUUUGGUGCUGACCAUGAUCCUAUUUCAAUGCACACAAUAUCUGAUAUAUCUGGGGGUACUUUUUCUUUCGUUGAAGCUGGGGAUGUGAUUCAGGAUGCAUUUGCACAGUGCAUUGGGGGACUCUUGAGUGUGGUGGUUCAGGAAGUAAAGGUAGAAGUUGGGUGUGUUCACCCUAGUCUGCAACUUGGUUCAGUAAAAGCAGGAAGCUACCAAACUAGUUUGACUGACGAUGCAAGAAUGGCAACAAUCAAGGUAGGAGAUUUGUAUGCUGAGGAAGAAAGAGACUUUUUGGUGACAGUCAGUGUUCCAGUUGAUAAGUCUAGUGAUGAGAUGCCUUUGUUGAUAGUUAAAGGUGUUUAUAGGGACCUCAUCACAAAGCAAAUGGUGGGUUUUGGAGACAAUAGUGAAGUGAAAAUUCAGAGACCUGAUGUAGCUAGUGAUGUAGUUGUGUCAAUAGAAGUAGACAGGCAGCGAAACAGGCUUAGAGCUGCUGAGGCAAUGGCUAUGGCUAGAGUUAGAGGUGAACGUGGUGAUUUGGCUGGUGCAGUUUCUGUUCUAGAUAGAUGUCAGGCUUUAUUGUGUGAAACUAUGUCUGCUCUAGCUGGUGAUCCACUAUGUGUUUCUCUUUCUGCUGAACUAAAGGAGAUGAUGGAUAGAAUGGCAAACCGACAUGUUUAUGAGCAAUCUGGAAGGGCUUAUGUUCUGUCAGGAUUGAGCUCUCACUCAAUGCAAAGGGCAACUGCAAGAGGUGAUUCCACAGAAAGCACAAGUUUUGUCCAUGCAUACAGAACCCCUUCUAUGAUAGACAUGGUUACCCGUUCCCAGACCAUGCUUUUGAGGACUCCAUUAUCUGGAAGUAGCACCCCUAGAUCUACUAGAUCCUAUUCUGACCGGCAAAGAAGAAAAUGAUAAUGAAAACUGUGUUUUAAGAAUUUCUGCUCAGCCUUAUACAUACUCAUAUUUCUGUGGAGAACUUUUAAGUUUCUUGUUUUACCUUGUGUUUUAUUAUUCCCUUUGGUUUUGGCAAGGUGGGGGGUUAUAAUGGAAAGUGGAAAGGAAUGAGUUCUGACUAGUAAUUAUUUGUUUUUAGUUGAAUAGUACAUUUUUGGAGAGGAGGGUAUAGCAAUGUUACAGUGGAGAUUUCUUCAUUGCUUUACAUAUCUACUAUAUACUUCUGAUUCUUU